AUGACAUUGCGUUACUAGUUUCACAACAAACUAGUACAAUGCAACACACUGUUUUAAUAGUAAUCUGGGCUCUUGCCCUCUUUCGAGGUCAUGUUGCUGCCAGCACAUGGGCUAACCAAGACUAUGCAGAAUCCACAUUUGAUCUGGACCAGGCUGUUCUUACCCAAGUCUUCCAUAAGCGAUCAUUGGAUGAUUCUCGCCAAUCACCAGUGAAUCAUCACACCUGCAACACAUGGGGAGGAGGAGCAUUGAAGACAUUUGCCAACAAACUUUUCUACUUUAAAUCCACCUGUGACCUUUUCAUGAGCAGAUCAUGCAAAGGCCAAGUUGAUCAAUAUGAGGUGAAAAUCCGCAGAGGGCCAGAUGGAAAUCUGGAACAUAUAUUCAUCAAAAUUGAAAUGACCAAGAUUGUUCUGGCAAAUGGGACAAUUUGGGUUAAAGACCAGAUGCGAACUUUGCCAUACGAUGACAAGAUGGUCAAUAUCCGCAGCAAUGGGGUUAACAUCAGAAUUGCAAACAAGAAGCAUUCUGUAUCCUUGAUUUGGAACAAGAAAGAUGCAUUGUCGCUAAAACUCCAUCCUAGAUACAGUGGAAAUACUUGUGGACUUUGUGGACAAUUUGAAAAGAAAGGGAGAAGCUCUGCCCAAAUAAAAAUCGUUGAUGCUAUUGCAAUCCGUCAGCACUCAGUUUCAAGUGAUACCUGUUCCGUCACAAUACCUGAAGAUGAAAGGUGUCAAGAUGUCUCUAGGUGCCUGAGGGCCUUCUCAACUUAUUUUGCCAGUUGCGACGAUUUCCAUGCCUAUUUCAGAAUUUGUGCAAAGGAUGUCUGCUCUUCAAAUAAUGACCAGGCCCAUUGUGAUACUUUAACACAAUUUGCACAACUGUGUCCAGUGGGAAAAAGUGAUUGGAGGAGUGCUGAAAAAUGUGAACAACCUGUUUGUCCUGAGAAUCAGAUUUACAGGGAAUGUGGUUCAGACAUUACUCCAACAUGUACUAAUCCAAAGCCUCAACAGAAAAAAGACAUUUGUGUAACCACCUGUGAAUGCCAACCAGGCACAGUUCUUGAUGAUAUAAGAGGCACCAACAAAUGCAUCAGCAACUCAACUUGUCCGUGUGUAUACAGUGGAAUGAUAUAUGAUAGUGGAGACAGAAGGAACACAUCCUGCCAGACAUGUGUCUGCAAUGGUGGACUAUGGGAGUGCUCUCAUCAUAGCUGUCCCAGCAGGUGUAAAGUAGAAGGAACACACAUCACAACAUUCGAUAGGAAAUAUUAUAAUUUGAGGGGGGAUUGCACAUACUAUGCAGUUUUUGGAAAUGCCUGGUCAGUAACUAUUGAGAUGCAUGUGUGUCAAAAAGCAGUUGGACAGAUAUGUUUACGGCGUGUUUCAUAUUCGCAGUCUGAGGUCAGUUAUGAAUUCAACAAUAAUGGUGACAUUUACUCUGGUGGAGAUGAAAUUAAACUUCCUCUAAAACAGGGCGGAAUAAUAAUAUUUCAGAAAUCUUCACAAUUCAUUCAAUUUUCAACAUCAUUUGGGCUAACAAUGCAAGUGCAGAUAUCUCCCACCAUGCAGUUGUACAUUUCGCUGCAGGAAAACCACAAAGGAACUGUAAAAGGCUUAUGUGGCAACUUUAAUGACUAUGCCAGUGAUGACUUCCUGUCUAUACAGAAUAUAGUGGAACAAUCAGCUGUCAAUUUUGCUCAUUCAUGGAUCAUUUCUGGUGCUGUGUGUAAUCCUCCAGAAUCAGAAGAACCUACUUGCCUUAGUUCAGAAAAAGAGAACUAUGCAAAAGAGCAUUGUGCUGAGCUGAUAAACCAAAAAGGGGCUUUUGGCCCAUGCCACUCUGCAGUGGAUUACAUCAAAUACUAUGCUAUGUGUAAGGAUUCCAUCUGCACUUGUCAGGAUAUUGAUCGCUGCAUUUGUGCUGCACUCGGUGCAUAUGUUCAUGCAUGUGCUGAAAGAGGGGUCAUCUUGACAAAAUGGACUGCAAGUGUUUGCAAUACAACUUGCAAGAAGAGCCAGGUUUUUGACAACAACAUGACGGUCUGUAACCGGACUUGCAGAUCACUGGAAAAACCUGACUUCACCUGUACUGUUAAGGAUGUUCCAGUUUAUGGAUGUGGCUGUCCUGCAGGAAAGUACAUGGAUGAAAGUGGACUCUGUGUUGAUCGAAGAAGAUGCUCAUGUUACUACAGGGGCAUGUAUAUUGCAUCUGGAGAAAGUAUUGAUAAUUGCUAUUGCAUAGAUGGACGUAUUUCAUGUGCUCAGGUUAGCACCACUCCACAGACCCCAGUGUGUCGUGGGGAAAAGAGAUAUUUUAAUUGUUCAGGAGCUGGAAACUUAAAUCGGAAACUUUGUGGAAAGAAAUGCAGCAACUUGAAUUUACCAUGUCCAGAUCAAUGCAUUCCUGGUUGCGUCUGUCCUGAAGGUAAAGCUGAAGAUGACAGUGGAAAUUGUGUUUUGCAUGAAAAAUGCCCUUGUUUGUUUGAAGGAGAGAGCUUUAGUGAAGGAAAAGUGAUCAAGAAGGAUUGCAACAAAUGCACAUGCCAGGGUGGAAUGUGGAAAUGUACUAAAAAACGAUGUUCAAAGACCUGUAAGGUUUACGGUGAAGGUCAUUUCACAACAUUUGAUGACAAAAGUUACACUUUCGAGGGGAAUUGUGAAUAUACAUUUGUUCAGGACCACUGCAGAGGAAAGAUUGGUACUUUCCAGAUAUUGUUUGAAAAUGUUGCAUGCUGUGAAGAUGGAGUGACAUGUUCCAGAAAUAUCAGAAUUAUAUUCCAGGAUAAAGAGCUAACUUUGGAAGAUGGGAAAAUAAAAGGUUCUGAUUCAAAUUCCAUAUCAACAUGCACAGAAGAUUCCUAUUCACUUCACACUGUUGGACUCUAUCUAAUCCUCACAUUUUCAAAUGGGAUCACUGUGAUUUGGGACAAACACACAAGACUUUCUGUAACACUGGAUGAACAAUGGAGGAACAAAGUAUGUGGUCUCUGCGGAAAUUUCAAUGAUGACACUGAAGAUGAUCUAACAACCAAAUUUAACUCCUUGGUGAGCAGCUCUGCUGAGUUUGGAAACAGCUGGAAAUCUAUUCAGUCCUGCUCUGGUUCAGUGAAUCAGACAUUUCCAUGUGAGAGAAAUCCAUUUUGUUCUCCAUGGGCACAGAGAAAAUGCUCCAUAAUUAAAGAUCCAAAUGAAGCAUUUAAAAAAUGUCACAACAAGGUUAACCCAGAACCAUACCAUGAAGCUUGCAUUAAGGAAGCAUGUGCCUGUGAUAUGCAGGGAAAAUAUCUGGGUUUCUGCACUGCUGUAGCUGUGUAUGCAGAAGCUUGUAACAAAGCUGGUGUUUGUGUUCACUGGAGAACCCCUGAACGCUGUCCUGUAUAUUGUGACUAUUAUAACAGGCCCGAUGAAUGCAGCUGGCAUUAUCAACCGUGUGGAACUUUGACAGCAAAAACAUGCAGUGACCAUUCAAUUCGGAAAAAACUCUCCGCUGUCCUUGAAGGUUGCUACCCAAAGUGCCCAGAGGGCGCUUCCUAUCUGGAUGAAAAUACAAUGAAAUGUGUCAACUUGGAUGAGUGCACCUGUUAUUACAAUGGCAAAAUAUAUCAACCAUUUGAAACCGUACCUGGCUGUGGAAACUGUGUAUGCAGCGAAGGAAUUGUUAGAUGUGGUAAGUAA